AUGGAGGAUGCUCUGGUGGAAGGUGCGGGCGAUAAAUCAUUUGUUCACUUGCACUUGCACUCGGAGUAUUCGCUGCUCGAUGGUGGAAAUCGGACGGACAAGCUCGUCGAUCGCGUGAAAGAGCUCGGCAUGGAUGCGGUGGCGAUCACGGACCACGGCAACAUGCACGCGGCGGUGAAGUUCUACAACAUCGCGAAGAAGAAGGGUGUGAAGCCGAUCCUUGGGGUGGAGGCGUAUGUCGCGCCGGGUGAUCGUCGGGAUCGUACGUAUACAGGGGUCGCGGACGGCGGGCACCACUUGGUGCUGCUCGCGGAGAACAACAAAGGGUGGGAGAACCUGCUGUAUCUGUGCAGCGAGGCGUACAUCAAUGGGUUUUAUUACAAGCCUCGGAUGGAUCGUGAGAUAUUGGAGUCGCACUCGGAGGGGUUGAUCGCGAUCAAUGGUCACUUGGGUUCAGAGAUCGCGUUCCACAUGGUCAAGUACGAGCAGACGCGCGAUCAGUCACACUGGGAUGCGGCGCGGGAGGUCGCGAAGUGGCACGCGGAGACUUUUAAGGGGUCGGACAAGGGGCCUGGGUUUUAUCUGGAGUUGCAGCACCAUAUCGGGUUGCAGAACUCGAUCAAUCCGCAUGUGAUCAAGCUGGCGCGGGAGAUGGACCUGCCGUUGGUGUGCGAUAACGACUCGCACUUCCUCAUGGAGGACGAUCACGAUGCGCACGAUACGUUGAUUUGUAUCUCGACGGGGAAGGUGAAGAACGAUCCGGAUCGGAUGCGCUAUCCGACGGAGCUGUAUGUGAAGUCUCCUGAGGAGAUGCGCGGGAUCUUCGAGGGUCCUGAGUACAACACGGAGGAGUUCGGCGACGCGGGGAUCGAGGCGCUGGACAACACGGUUUCGAUCGCGGAUCGGUGUGAUGUGGAGCUCCCGAUCGGGGCGAACCACGCGCCGGUGGUGGUGGUCAAGGCGCCCGCGAAGAGCAAGCUCCCCAAGCAUUCGGCGAAGGAGUUUGGCGGGGAUCUGACGGCGUGGUUCAAGGAUUUCUGUACGAACUUUGAGCUUGAGCCUGCGAAUGAUCCGGAUCUGGAUCAGGCGUCGCUGAAGAAGGAAUGUGAUAAGACGCUGCGAUUGUUGUGUGAGGCGGGGAUGGUGUGGCGGUAUGGGCCGAGCAUCAUGGACCACUUGCACAAGGGGAUCGAGGGGGUUGAUGAGCUUCCGGAGGGGAUGGAAGGCGAGGACGCGGACGGGUGGAAGAAGUGGGCGCGGCUCAAUCGUGAGCUCAAGAUUCUUGCGGACAAGCUGAUCAGUGCGUACUUCCUGAUUGUGUGGGACUUCGUGAACUGGGGGCGCCAGCGCGGGAUCCCGUCGCUGGCUCGUGGUUCGGGUGUGGGGACGAUGACGGGGUUCGUGCUCGGACUGUCCAACGCGUGUCCGGUGCAUUACGGGUUGCUGUUUGAGCGGUUCACCGAUCCGGAUCGAACGGAGUAUCCCGAUAUCGAUAUCGAUCUGUGUCAGAACGGGCGCGGCGAGGUGAUCCAGUAUGUCCGCGAGAAGUACGGGCAUGUGGCGCAGAUCAUCACUUUCGGUACUUUGAAAGCACGCGCCGCGAUCCGCGAUGUGUCGCGUGUGAUGGAGUUCCCGCUUGGGGAUGCGGACAAGCUCGCGAAGCUGAUCCCGGAGGAUCUGGGGAUCACGCUUGAGAAGGCGCUGGAGCAGGAGCCUGAUCUUAAGGACUGGUACGACAAGGAUCCGACGGUCAAGCGGAUUAUUGAUACGGGUCGGACCUUUGAGGGUCAGGCGCGGCACUCAUCGGUGCACGCGGCGGGGGUGAUUGUGGCGACGCGGCCUCUGCAUGAGGUUGUGCCGUUGUAUAAGCAGUCGGGGAGUGAGGAUGUCAUCACACAGUGGGACGGCCCGACGUGCGAAAUGAUGGGUCUGCUCAAGAUGGACUUCCUCGGAUUGCGGACGCUCUCGAUCAUCGAGGGGGCGAAGGAGCGGAUCCGCGCGACGCUUCCUGAGGAGAAGAUCUGGGAAGCGGUGGGGCGCGAGAAGAAGAAGGGCGCGGAUCAUCCGCUGGAUCUUGAGCGGCUCAAAUUCAACGACCCUUAUGUGUUUGACAUGUUCCAGCGCGGCGAUACGACUGGGGUGUUCCAGUUUGAAUCGGGGGGGAUGAGAAGACUCCUUACGGAGAUGAAACCCGACCGGUUGGAAGACUUGAUCGCGGCCAACGCGUUGUUCCGUCCUGGUCCGAUGGACCUGAUUCCUGACUAUAACCGUCGCAAGCACGGCGAGGACCAGGUUCCCAAGGUGCACGCGAUCGUGGAUCACUUCACGGAAGAGACGUACGGCGUGAUGAUUUACCAGGAACAGGUCAUGCAGAUUGUGCAUGAGCUUGGUGGGAUCCCGCUGCGCAGCGCGUACUCGCUGAUUAAGGCGAUCAGUAAGAAGAAGGAAAGCAUUAUUAAUGCGGAGCGUCCGAAGUUUAUCGAGGGCGCGGUUGAGAAGGGGCUGGACGCGAAGAAGGGCGAGGAGCUCUUUGAUUUGAUUCUCAAGUUCGCGGGCUACGGCUUCAACAAGUCGCACUCGACGGGGUACGCGAUCGUCGCGUAUCAGACGGCGUACCUCAAGACGUACUUCCCGAACCAUUACAUGGCGUCGUUCCUGAGCUUUGAAUCCCAGGCGCAGAAGGUGAGCGAUUGGAUCCCGUAUCUAGAUGAUUGCAAGCGGACGCGGUUUAUUGAUCCCAAGUCCGGUGAAGUGAUCCGGACUGGGGUGGAGGUCAAUGCGCCGGAUGUGAAUCUGUCGCGGACGGACUUCAGUGUGGUGUAUGGUGAGGAUGAGGAGCCGAGCGCGAGCGGGGGGCAGGUGCGGUUCGGGAUGCGCGCGAUCAAGGGGGCGGGGACUAAGGCGAUCGAGGCGAUUGUCAACGAGCGGGAUUUGGGGAGUGAUCCGGAGCAUCCGGAGCGGAAGGCGUUCGGGAGUUUGUUUGAGUUCUGCGAGCGCGUGCCUUCGGGGGCGGUGAACAAAGCGACGAUCGAGGCGCUGAUCCGCGCGGGGGCGUUUGAUGCGAUCCAUUCGCGCGAGGAGCGUGCUUCGAUGAUCGCGAGCAUCGAGGCGGCGGUGAGCGCGGGGCAGUCGAUCGCGGCGGAUAAAGCUGCGGGGCAGGGGGCACUGUUCGGAUUCGGUGGUGGUGAGGAGGCGGGUCCGGCGGAGGUUCCGGAGACGCCUUUGAUUCAGGCGGAGGGGUGGAGCGAGGCGGAGACGCUGCGUCAGGAGAAGGAGACGCUGGGGUUUUAUGUCUCGAGUCAUCCGAUGGAGGAGUGGAACGACUGGGCGCGGGUGUUUACGCCUUUGACUGUUGGGGAGCUCAAGAAGUUGCCUCAGGACAAGCGGGUGAUUGUGCCUGCGAUGGUGCAGGGAGCGCGGACGAUUGUGACGAAGAAUGGUCGGAGCGCCGGACAGAAGAUGGCGAUCCUGACGGUGGAGGACGCGACGGGGACGACGGACGCGGUGAUGUUCUCGAAUGUGUAUGCGCAGUUCGGGCAUCUGACGGAUACGGACAUGCCCAAGUUCUUUAUGGGGAGACUGGAUCACUCGCGGGGUGAUGCGCAGAUCAUUUUGGAUCGGGUGGUGCCGAUUGAUGGGCAUCCGCUUGAGCAGGGGACGAUCCAGGUGAUGGUGCGGAACACGCGCGUCAAUGGGAACGCGGGUGAGGUGCUGGGGCGCGUGCGCGAGAUUUUAGAGACUCCGGCGGAUGUGAAUGAUUUAUCGAUUGGCAAGAGUGCGCGGCCUGUGAUGGUGAUCGCGGAGAUUGACGGGGCGUGGGUGCUGAUUGAGCCGGGCGAGCGGGAGGACGGGAAGAAGAUCAUGACGCACAUGCGUCCGGAGCUGGUCAAUGCGAUCUGCAGCGAGCUUGGUGAGGACUCGGUGCGGCUGAGCGGCGGGGUGAGUGUCGAGCUGAACAAGGAGGUCGAGGGCUUUGCCUACGGUGAAGUCGAUGAGUUCGUCGAUGGUGGUGGGGAGCAGGUAGAGGCCGGGGUUGGUGGGGGCGAUGAUCGCGCCGGCGAGGGUGAGGGUGCGCAUGUUUUCGAUGUCGAUGAGGUUCAGGGGGGACUCGCGGUGACAGAUGAUCAGUGGGUGGCGCUCUUUGAGCGUGUGGAGGAGCAGGGGAGGAUGACCAUGCCUUGGUGGAGGAAUGAUCCGGAGGCGAUGGAGGUGGGGGCAGAGGGUCUGGAGCGAGAUGGAGGUGAUGUUCAUCUCGUCGGCGAGGAGGCGCUUGCCAUAGUCGGAAACGACGAGGUGGACCUCGUGUCCUUUGAUGAGGAGUUGUUCGAGGAGGAUGGUGGGGGAUCGGAGGGUGGCGGAGAUUUGGGGGACGCCAUGUACUGCUUUGUCGAGUUGGUGGGCAUGGGUGAUGGUAGAGGGCUGAUGAUGGUUGCUAUGAAUGCUUUGAAUCGUGUGCUUGGACUGGCUUUGGUGGGUGCUGUUGGGCUCGUACUCGCUUUGAGCGGGUGUGUGAGUUAUACGAAUGUGCCUGAGCCGAGCAGUGCGCCGGCGUUUAAGAAUGCGAACUCGGGGUCGUCGAUCAAGGUGAUCUCCGCGGCGGUCGAGCGGGUUGUACGGAAGCAUCCGAUGAAGGAUGCGCAGGGGCGCUACGCGGUGAAUCUCCCUGCAGGAACGACUCCUGAGACGGCGUGGAAGAUUGUGAAUCGACUUCCUGCUGGCGCGAUGGUUCCGACGGAGGGGAUGGAUAGUUCUGUUCCUGUGUAUCACAUCUCGCGUGUGUGGAUCCGCGGGCGGAGCGGGAAGGUCGAUGUGGUGUAUCCAUUGGCUGAUGGUUUGGAUGGUGGGGUGACUUGCUGGAUGCACGGCGGGGACAAGCCUUGGUAUGUUGAGCGGCUGCAGUACUGGGCGCCGGGAACGAUUCCUACGCCUCCUCUAUAUGUUCCGCUUGAUGGUGAUGUCGAAGUGAUGGCAGAUGAUGAGUACAGCGAGCCGGUGAGUUACUCGGAACCCGAUCCGAUCGAGACUGAUGCGGUUGAAUCGAUGGUGGAGGAAGAUCCGGCUCCUGUUGAGUCGAGCGGGAACGGGACGCUGUAUCGUCAGGUGGACGACUGA